AAGAUAGAAGAGAAGGAAAAGAAAAGAAUCCAAUCCACCCAAAAUGCCAAUUUUCGCUACUCCUCCAUUUAUGGAACAUGCUCCUUCCUCCCUCACCCCGAAAGCUAAAAGCUGCAAUUUCUGACUUCAUAUCCCCUUAAUUCCCCACAACUUUCUCUCUCAGGCAUUCCAUCGAACACUUCCAAGAGAUUCAACAAUUUCUGAUUCUUAACUUUCCCCACUCUUGAUGGCCAUUGAGCCCUCCUCUGAGACAUCCAGUACUGGAAUCAGCCCUCGAAUCUCCUUCUCCCAUGAUCUGAACAACACCGACGAUGAGGAUCAUACUGAACGGGGAUCAGACUCCGGCUCCGACUUCGUUUUCUGCGUCGCCAGUGGCUUCUCUCAGAAAAUCUCUUCAGCCGACGAGCUUUUCUCCGAUGGCAAGAUCGUGCCCAUGCAACUUCACAGGGUUACCCAUUCCCCAAAUGAAACACAUCAAUCUCUCCAAUCAUCUCGUCUUGGUUCUCAGUCUCAGCCUUCUUCAAAUUCCACAUGCUCCGUGAAGAAGAUGCUCAAAGAGUUCUUAUCCGAAGAUACUGAAGAAGAAUACGACGAGGAUGAUGAUGAAGAAGAGGAAGAUAGAGUUUCGUUUAAAUCCCUAUGGCAAUUCGGACGAAGUAGCAGUUUGAAUUGUGAUGCUACUACGCGAGGGAAAAGCUUGAUUCGAUCGCUACAGUUUCUAUCACGAAGUAAUUCGACUGGUUCGGCAUUAAAUCUGAAACAAACAGAGACUUCGAAGGGAGCACGGGAGAAGCAGGGUUUGCAGAAGCAAUCCUCUGUUUCUAGCAGGAGAUCGUCAUCAUCUUCAUCCUCUUCAAGUUCAAGUACAUAUUAUUUCUAUAGCUCGUCUCAGAAACAUUUUUUACAGAAAAAUCGUGGAUUCUCUGGUAAUGGAGUUCGAAUUAGUCCUGUUUUGAAUCUUCCGCAAGCAUAUAUUCCUAAAGGUUCGAUGAGUUUGUUCGGAUUCGGUUCGCUGUUCUGCAAUGGGAAGAUCAAGAAGAAGAAGAAACAGUAGAGAUUGUGAUUAUUAAUUUUUUUUCAAGUGUUUUUGAAGUUAUUUGAUCUUUUUCGUGA